AUGGCAUCGCUGGGUCGGGCCGACAAGAUUCAAUCUCAAACCCAUGUGACUUCAUCUCAGCUGAAGCGAACGACCUGCAAUUUAUGCCGUGAGCGCAAGACAUGCGUUUAUCCAUCGGAGAAUACAAACAACGACGAAAUCAAGUCGGCUUUGAAUUUACUUCACUCUCGCCUACUACAAGUGGAAACGAGUCUCCCGGAAUAUGGACUUCAGAUCACAAUGGAGUCCAUGGAACCGAAUUCACCGUUAACCCCCCGAUAUAUGUCUCACAAUCCGCAGCUUGGGUACAAUCAACUGUCACAAGGUGAUGAAAUUGGCUACUCGGACGUCAUGUUUCCAGAGUUUGAUCCUAGCAGCUACCAUCAACCACCAACCAUGGUCGAUGCCGUGAAUAGCUCCGGCACAGAUGGAACGCAUUCAAACCUAUAUAUGAAUAUGAGCAGCCUGAAAGACAAGCCUCCAGGUUCUGUCUUCAACCCACCGUUUGAGCAAACCACUCCAUUAUUCGGACUUGAGCAACAAUGCCAGUCAUAUUUUGACGUAGUGCAGAAACACAUGAUGCUUAUUGACCAGCAAGAAUUCUCGCACUCCAUUAUUCCGAUGGAGGCACACCAAUGCAUGGCCCUGAAAUAUGCAGCUGCCCUGUCUGGGUCAAGUGCAUGUGGGGAGUCAGCCCUAGCAAUGGAGUCCUACGUAGCGGCCCGCUUCCAUCUGGAAAAAGCCGAGAACCUGACCGAUAACUCUUCUUUCCUGAACAUUGAGACAGUUCAAGCUCUGCUUCUUGUUGCGAGGUUUGAGUUUACCCACAUCAGCAGACCGAAAGGGCUUCUAACCAUAGCACGUACUAUGCAAUUAAUAAGCCUGCUAGGAUAUGACAUGCUCGAUCAGACCUCAGCCGAACGCGAGAGCGAUAGCUCUCAGAUCAUGCUGCCAAAAUCACAUAGCUCUGGAUGUCUUCAGAAGAUACGACGAACAUUCUGUAUUGCAUUCGCGAUGCAUUGCAAUGCGACUGCAAGCUUUCCAUGCUGUAUACCAGUCAAAUACAAUAGGAUUGUCUAUCUUUCCGAAGAGAUCACGAAAUGUAUGGCGAAGGGAUUCUCCGUCUUUUCGCUCUUCAUUCUCUCUAUGAAGCUUGUCGUAGACGGGGACCGCCAUCGCGAGAUGACCAAGAAAUACAUAUCAGACAGCGCAUCUGACUAUAAUUUCUGUCUUGUCCAUGAGAAGAUUGGGAGAGAUAUAACAAUCAUGUGUAACUCUCUCUCAACACCAGAGUUUCUCAAUGGGCCAGAUAAUGAACUUCGAGUACUCACCUGUAUUAUUGUUCUGGGCGCUCGCAUAGAUUGGUUCAAAACCGCCAUUAUUGGAUCUCGGAAAGCCGCGUUUCUAGGUCCUGUUACCAAAGAGUACCGAACUUCAUGUGUCGCUGUUGCAAACGCUAUGUGCGACCUGCUUCGAGAAGCCAAUGUUAGUGAUGCUCAACAAAUCCCUGCCUAUAAAGAAAUGUCAUUUUUCAUAAUGCGGCCGCUGGCAUUAGCCGCCGAAGUCCAGCUCGAUAUUUUGCAAAGCCCGCGGGACAUAGGCUAUAAUGUGUUCUCGUCGACCCGUGAAAUACGGCAAAACCUGGAACUGUUAUGCAAUAUAAUGACCGUGUGUAAACCUGCGACUGUCCUACCGACGACUUGCAAGCCAGUUCAGCCACUUGCAAUUGUAAAGCUCUCAACUCUUGAAAAUGGCACUAGCCACAGCUACACCUUCGUUGAGCUCGCUCAAAACCCUCAACUGUCCAGCGUCGUCCAUGCUGCAAAACAUGCAACCGAAUUGUGGAAAGCCCUUGUCAACUUCGACCCUAGCCUAGAUGAUAUCCCAGGGGCCAGGCUGCUCACUGAGAUUCAGCGAUGGGUCGUAGGAGGCGGCCCUUUGCCAAAUCACAACUUCAACGCAUUCCGUCUUCCGGUCACCGUUCUUCUCGAGAUCGCUCAGUAUUUCCGGUACUUGAAUCGGCUGAAUGUAUCCCACCCUCACCGCAUCUUCCUCAGAGGGGUUGAAGCUGGUGGAAUCUUGGGCUUCUGUGUUGGAUUUCUCAGCGCGAUCGCGGUAGCAACUUCAGAAACUGAAGCUGAAAUCGCCACUACAACGGCUGCUGUCUUUCGUUUAGCUGUCAUUAUCGGUGCCUACGUCGACAAAAACCAAUUUGGCAUCCAAGGAACACUAAUGGGGUGUAUCGCCAUUCGCUGGAAGGGAGAUGAAGUUAGUGAACAAGAGAUACUUAAUCUUAUUCACACCUAUCCAGAGGCAUAUACCUCGUGCACCAUAGAUGCCAAGACUAUUACUGUCACAGCCAGAGUUUCUGAUAUACCCAGCCUGACUGAACAGCUGCGAGCACACGGCUCCUAUGUGACCCCUGUUAGCGUGGAAGGAGCUUUUCAUUCCGAGGUCCAUUCCUCUGCUGUGGAAAAGAUCACGAAAUUUGCCGUGAACCAUCGAGAGCUGCAAUUGCCCACCGUUGACAGGUUGCAAGCUCCUCUGCGUUCCACUGUGGACGGCGACAUUAUCACCAGCGGAUCCUUGCCACUGUUGGCCCUUGAGAACACCUUGCUGAAGCCGGCUGCAUGGUUCAAAACGGUGCAGGCAGCAAUUGCUCCGUUGGGAAAAGGCCGUAAGACAGUCGCUUUUGCGGGAUUCGGCAAUCACAUUCCGUUUUCCCUCGUCAGCAAUGCAGAUCUGCAGGUCUUGUAUCUGAAUAAGUUGAGUGGAUCAGAAUUCAAUGGCUUCGCCAAUGGUACAAGGAUAAACGGGAUAAAUAAACCAACAAACGGAAUUGCAGAUGGGGAGGAAGCUGUGCCGUCUGAAUACCCUCCUAACUCCAUUGCAAUUGUCGGUAUGGCUGGCAGAUUUCCUGGAGCGGAUUCUUUGGACGAACUCUGGGAGCUGCUGCUGUCCGGCACAUCCAUGGCCGAACCAGCACCCGUGGAACGAUUUCAACUGCCUAUAACUGGCGAGUAUGCCAAUACAAAGUGGUGGGGUAACUUCCUCCGCGAUCCUGAUGCCUUCGAUCAUAAAUUCUUCAAAAAGUCGCAGCGAGAGGCAGUCGCUUGGGAUCCUCAGCAAAGAAUCUUACUUGAGGUAGUCUACGAGGCACUGGAGUCAGCAGGAUACUUCCGUGCCGGAGUCAAGCCAGAGGUGGACGAUUAUGGGUGCUACAUCGGCGCUGUCAUGAACAACUACUACGACAACAUGUCCUGCCAACCAACCACGGUAUAUGCCACAGUUGGAACUUCGCGCUGCUUUAUAAGUGGAUGUGUAAGUCAUUUCUUUGGAUGGACUGGACCCUCCUUGACGAUUGAUACGGCCUGUUCGUCCUCCCUAGUUGCGAUCAAUACUGCGUGCAGAGCAAUUUGGUCCGGCGAAUGCUCUCAGGCCGUCGCAGGAGGCACAAAUGUGAUUACUAGCCCAUUUGAUUACCGAAAUCUCAAAGCCUCCGGGUUCCUUAGUCCCACCGGACAGUGCAAGCCUUUUGAUGCUGGAGCUGAUGGCUACUGCCGGGGAGAAGGAGUUAGCGCGAUUGUUCUUAAGCCCCUGGCAGCUGCUUUCAGGGAGAAGGAUCACGUCUUUGGUGUGAUUGUGGGGUCAGCAGCAAAUCAGAACCAAAACUUCAGUCACAUCACGGUGCCAUAUUCAGGCUCACAAGUCAAGCUCUAUCAAAACGUGAUGAACCAGGCAGGUGUUAACCCGCACUUUGUGACGUAUGUUGAGGCCCAUGGAACCGGUACUGGCGUGGGCGAUCCUGUUGAAUGCAGCAGUAUUUGUGAAGCAUUUGGUGGCGCUUCAAGAGACAGCACACUCCACUUCGGCUCUAUCAAGAGCAACAUUGGGCAUACCGAAGCUACGGCUGGUAUUGCUGGGCUCGUCAAAGUCCUGCUCAUGAUGGAGCAUGGGCAGAUACCUCAACAAGCCAGUCACAAGCAGAUCAAUCCGAAGAUUGCAUCAUUUACCCAUGCUCGAAUGGAAAUCCCUCGAAGCUUGCUGCCUUGGGAUGCUCCGUUCUUUCUGGCUUGUGUCAACAGCUAUGGCGCCGCUGGAAGUAAUGCGGCUGUUCUAGUGCGCCAAGGUCUAUCUUCCAAGAUUAUCCCGAGAGACAGCAUCAAUCAGGGCCCAGUUGGAACAAGAUACCCCGUGUUUAUAUCUGCGGGAUCUUCAAGCAGUGUCCUUGCGUAUUCAAAGAAGCUUUCUACUUGGCUGGGAAAGCUUAAGCCAGGGGUUCAGGUAUCCGACGUGGCCUUCAAUAUAGCUGACAGAGCAAACCACUCACUCUCGCAUUUAUUUUCAACUACGGUAUCUAGUACCUCCGAGCUCAAGGAGAAGCUGACAGCUCUCUCAGCAAUAAACGCUACACCGAGUCCAAAACCGAUAGUUCUUGUUUUCGGAGGCCAGGAAAGCGAAUCGAUCGGGUUAUCCGAAAAUGUUUACCAAUCCGCGAAGUUGUUCCGACACCACCUCGAUGCUUGUAAUGAAAUUUUGGUUUCAUCAGGCUUUGAGGGCUUAUACCCUGCAAUCUUCCAACAGACCCCAGUCGGGAAUCUGACGACUCUGCAUUCUGCGUUGUUUGCCAUACAAUACGCGUCUGCAAAGGCUUGGAUUGACAGCGGGCUCAAGGUGAAUGCAGUCGUUGGUCACAGUUUUGGUCAACUUACAGCCCUUUGUGUCUCAGGCGUACUGUCACUUGCCGAUGCCCUAAAACUCGUUUGCGGAAGGGCUUCCAUUAUGGCGAAGCAUUGGGGCCCUGAACCAGGAUCUAUGCUCUUCUUGCAGGCAGAUCGGCAAACCGUUUUCAAACUCCUCGGCUUAGUACAAGGUAACCUCGAAAUUGCCUGCUACAAUGGACCAAAAAGCCAUGUUGUCGUUGGCUCUGCAAAGGAAACCGAUGCCUUGGAGGCAUUCCUCGCGGAAAACCCUUCCUUUGGAGGAGGCUCAUUGGCAAUGUCAUUGGCCUGGACUGCUCCGCAAAGAGGAUUGAGACCACCGGAGGCAAUCCUGGCUUUUUACUGCCCGACUAACUAUGAAGAUGAUUGGUGGAAAAAUCCCAUUCAGCCCAUCGGCGCAGAAGACAAGGGAGAUGAGUAUGAUCUGCUAGAAGCGAUCCAGGAUGAGCCUAUCACAAACUACGGCGUGGUUGGCGCCUGGGAGCCAUUAUCUGACCCUCGCAUCCGCACCGAUCCCCGGUGCCGUAUCGUUCUCCAUAUCAACUGGAAGGCCCAGACACUGCCCAUCAUCAUCGGUGGUCUCCCCAGCAAGAAGGAAAGCGCAGUCCUGAGCAUACAGGACUGGAAAGCUCUUCCACAGCCUUCUCUAGAUGAGAUUGUUCGAGUCAGCCCCCGAGCUCAGAUUUUGCGCGGCAAUUAUAAUACGCCUACGUUCUUGAUUCACGGGACUAAUGACGAUUUGAUCCCGUGGCAACAAUCCCAGGGCACAUACGAUGCCCUCCUAAACGCCAGGAUCUCUGCUGGUUUGGUGCUGAUUGAUGAAGCCCGCAGAUUUGUGAUCUUAGCAGCAACCCCGAGUCAAAGGGGUGGAAGGCGGCUCUUAAGGGGUAUGAGUUCCUCAGUAGUUAUGUAUGAGUGCGGUAGCACUGAGCAGGUAGAUCAGCCUGAGCCUGCCUGUGCGAAGAGUAUCAGGGGUAUACUGAUUUGA